AUGGCUUCUUCAUCUCUUCACAUAGCAGAUGCAUACUGUGCCGUAGUUAUUUUGGCCCUUAUGUUAUUAGGUUCAAUCAGUGAGAACUCUUUCACAGAUUUUGAAUUAGAGGUCAACGUUAAAAGAAACCAGCUCACAGACAGGCCAUGCGAGGAAAUAUAUGUUGUCGGAGAAGGCGAAACUCUUCACACCAUCAGUGACAAGUGCGGGGACCCCUUCAUCGUUGAGCAGAAUCCCCAUAUACAUGAUCCAGAUGAUGUUUUUCCUGGACUUAGAUGGGUCCACUUUGUAAGGUUCCAGGUUAGUGCUGUAGGUCCAGCCAAUCCACUUAAGGCCCAUAGAAUAGAGUUGAUGCUGGAUCAGCUAGUAGUGGGUAAGACUUACCCAAAGCCUGUCAUUUCGGCCCAUUUGAAACCUCCCUCAAUCCAGCAGACCUUGGGCAUACAUACUGAAGCAACUACUUAG